AUGAAUUAUCCAAAAAGGUUUUCGAUUGGCAAAAUGUAUUAAAGAGUAUUAGAUAUAAUUAAUGUAAGGAAAAAGGCAUUUACUUGAAAGAUAAUAACUGCAUUUCUUAAUCUCAAGAUCAUUAAACAAAAUAUCAAAUUGAUUAUAUUAAAUAAGGAGUGAAACUAUAGGAUGUUUAAUUAGCAACUUUUUAUCUCAAAAAUGGAUUACCUUAUAGAGGUUUUAAAGGUAAUCCAAAAGAUGUUUUAAAUAGUGAACAGCUACAGAUGAUAUACCAAUUAAUUGUCUUUUGGUUUAAGUUCCCCGCCAAUUGAUAAUAAGUAGUCGAACUGCAUUUGAAUCAAGUCAAAAAGCCUUUUAUUAUAAACAUAGAGACUUUUUUAUAGAUCAUGAAGAGGGAGAAGAACAUACAAUAAUUGCUUUUCUCAUUAUGAAUAAAAGAAAAGGGUUUAAAUCAAAAUAUUAUAGAUUUAUUAAAUAACUACCUAUAGAUGUUAAUAUGUUAAUAUUUUGGUCAGAUAAUAAAUUGAAAUUGUUGUAAGAUGAAAAUUUAAUCAAUAAAGUACAAAAAAAGAGAGAAGAAUAUGAAUAGACAUAUAUGAUAUUUAAAACAAUAAUGGAUGUUACAGAAAAUGAAUUCUAAUGGGCAUAUACUAAUUUAUAUACUAGAGAUUUUGGACAUAAUUUAAAAUAUAAAAGUAUGGUUCCUUUUUGUGAAUUCUUUAAUCAUGAAUGUGUAGAUGUUCAUAUUGUUCUAUUAUCAGAAAAUGAUUAAAAAGAGUAUAACAAUUAAACUUAGAGUUAGAAAGAGAAGAAGUAAGGAAAAAAGAAAGUAUAUUAAAAUGAAGGUUUCUAUGCUGAAGAAGAACUCUAAAGUGUUUAAUCUUCAUCUGAUUCAGAUAAUUCUUUAGAUUUAGAUUAAAAUGAAUCAGAUCUUGAUAAUUUUAUUGCAGAUUAAAUAAUAGAAUGGGCUAGCAAAAAUUAAUUAGAAGAAUAAACAUAUGAAAUCUUAAAAGAUUAUUUGUUAUUUAAUUUAAUAAAGUAAAAUGAAUAAAAAAGUAAUAAUAAUAAGAAUUAAACUAAGAAAAUAAUGAAUUGGAAAGAAGAUGAAGAUUUUGAUUAUUUUUGUAUUAGUUCACAAAAGACUGAAAAUUUUAUGAAAGGAGCUUAAGUCUAUUUUAAUUAUGGAAGACUUUCAAAUAGAGAAUUAUUAUUAAGAUAUGGAAUUGCAAUAGAAAAAAAUAAAUAUGAUCAUGUUUAUUUAAGAAUUAAUACUGGAAAGUUACUUAAAAGAAGAGUGAAUAGAAUAUUUUAGAAAUAGUAUUUAUCAAUUAAACUAAAAUAUACUGAGUUUCCUUUUGCUUUACUUAAAUUUUCUAAGGCUAUUAAAGAGUAUUAUUUAAAAUAGGUUGUAGAAGUGAGAACCAAGAUUAUUAUGAUCCUGAGAGCGUGUUGAAUAUCAUUAAUAUUUAGACUGAAUUAAAAGGUUAUUAAUUAUGAUAUUUUUAGGAUUAACAAAAUCUAUUGAAUUAUUGCAAGAAUUUAAAAGUGAAUUCAAAGAAGAUCUUGUUAGUAGUGAUUUUUUGUUAAAGAAUGAAUAAUUAGAUUAUGAUGAGUAUUUCGCUUUAGUUUAUAGAUUGGAAAAGUAAAGAAUUCUCUAACAUAAUAUUAUAUUAUUAAAAUUGGCUAAAGAAAUUCUAUAAGAUCCAGAUAGAUUAUAAUAUACUUGUAGUUAAUAUGAGUCAUCUUAAUAUGAGUAUACAUAUAGGAUUAUACUUAAAAAAUACUUAGAUUAAAUACUAAAACAAUGA